AAAAAUUUGGAAAAUUUAGAAAAUAGUUUAAAAAAUAUUUAUGUUCAGCUUUUUUUUCAGAAAUUUAAGCUUUUUUAAAGGGUCAAGAGAGUUCAUAAUUAGAGAUAUCAUGAUGAAAUGUUAUUUUUCUAAUAAAAGUCUACAAGAUUUAGAUCGAGCGCAACAGAAAUUAUACUCAGCAACUGUAUUCAGCAAUAAACGUGUUGGAAAUGUUGAAAUACCUUCUAGUAUUGUUAAAAGCAUUCAAGAUAUCAUUGAAAAUUCUUAUAAGUCUAAUAUUCGUUUAUCUUUUAUAAAAAUGCAUCCUUUUAGAGGCUUUCGGAAAAUUAAAGACAAUUUUUCUGAAAUUGAAGCGGAUUCUUAUCUUUUUUACAUAAUGCCUCAGGUUUAUGCAUCAUUAUAUAAUGUAAUUAAUGAGUUGCGGUUAAGGCUUGGUGACAAAUGGGUUCCAGAGACAGUUUUAGAUUGUGGCGAAGGACCUGGUAUUGGUGCUUUAGUUUUUCAAGAAUUAUUUUCAAAUUCUAUCGAAAAAGUAAAGAGUAUAAUGGUUCUAGAGCCAAUAUAUACUAUGAGAAAACGUACUCUCUAUAUUCAUAAAGCUAAUAAAACAAAAAUUAUUUCUAAUUUUUCAUCUAUUACGAAGUUUAAAUUUGAUUUUAUUAUUGCAAAUCAUAUGAUUUUGGAUACAAAUGUUCCUGAACGCAUUUUUAGUAAUUCUAUAAGAAAAUUGUGGGCUAAAGUUUCUCCAGAAAAUGGUAUAUUACUUCUUUUAGAAAGAGGAAAUCCUCUUGGUUAUCAGGCUAUAGCUAAGGCUAGACAAAUAAUUUUGUCUAACUCUGAUUCUAAUUCAAAAAAAUCAGAAGUUACAAACGUUGCUCAUGUUAUUUCACCGUGUCCUCAUGAUAAACAAUGUCCGCUUUAUCUCGAUGGUCAUAGAUUCAAUCCUAAAAAGUGGUGUCAUUUUGGUCAAAGAUUAAUUAGACCUAUAUAUCUACAAAAAAUAAAGCAUUUUGCUUCUAAUAUAGAAAAUUCUAAAUUUUCUUAUUGCAUUAUUCGAAAAGAAAUUGUUAGACCUAGUUUGAAAGAAUCGAAGACUAACCUUAGUAAAGAUAAAUUAUUUUCUGAUCCUUAUAGUUGGCAUCGACUUAUUUUACCACCAUUAAAAAAGCAUGGACAUGUUGUAAUGGAUACAUGUGUGUCUGAUGGUAGUAUAAAACGGAUGAUAAUAUCAAAAAGGUAUGGUAAAAUACAUUAUCAAAAUGCUAGAAAGGCGUAUUGGGGAGAUUUAUGGGCUUUAAAGACAUAAUCUUUUGAAAGAAAUGCGGACAAUUAGAGAUACACAUUAAAAAUAUUCUCAAAAAAAUUGCUAAUAUUAAAAUAUUAUAAUCAAUAUUUUUUUAUUUAAUUAUAAUAUUAUAAAUUUUUGUAUAUCAGA